UCCGAUCAUCCACGCAGCACUGAGCUCUACUCACAACCUCCUCUCCUCUUAGUUCAGCCUCCUCUCCUCCACUACACAGCAAUACUGACUGAACUCAGAUCUUCUCAGUUCAACCAGUGAUCCUCUCCACGACAACACUGGGCUCUGCUCCAUCUACACUGUGUACACUUUUACUGCGGUGAACGUGGACUCUAGCGUGGACUCGGUGCGCUGAGAGGAACUUGGAUGACAGAUCAGCUCAGUUCUGUAACCGUGGUCGCAGUCAUUCAGACUCCAGGAGGAGAAAGAAGCAGUGACAGCUCCUCACAGACGCGCUCACACAUACACACGGGGAUCUGCUGCUUUCCUCCUCUCAGGAUGAUGAUUAUGGAUCUGAAGUUGCUCUUCUGCGCGGUGCUUUUUCCUGUUCAGAUUUUAUUUUGUGUACUAAAAGCUGCUGUGCGUUUGUUGGUGCCGCAGACGCGCAAAGAUCUGGGUUCGGAUGUGGUGCUCGUUACUGGAGGAGGAAGAGGAAUCGGUAGCUACCUGGCCAAAGAAUUCGCCAAGCAAGGAGCCAAAAAGGUGGUUCUCUGGGGUCGUACGGAGAAGUGUCUGCAGGAGACGUGUGAAGAGAUCUCCAGGACAGGGACAGAAUGCCACUACUUUAUCUGUGAUGUGGGCAAUAGGGAGGAAGUGUAUGAAAAGGCCAAACUGGUGAGAGAAAAGGUUGGGGAUGUUACCAUUCUGGUAAACAAUGCUGCCGUGGUUCAUGGAAAAAGUCUGAUGAACAGUGAUGAUGAUGCACUCCUAAAAACCCAGCACAUCAACACACUUGGGCAAUUCUGGACCACGAAAGCUUUUCUGCCUCGCAUGCUGGAGUUAUGCCACGGCCACGUGGUGUGCAUCAACUCCAUCCUCUCGCUCUCUUCCAUUCCUGGGGCCAUCGACUACUGCGCGUCCAAAGCUUCAGCCUACGCCUUCAUGGAGAGCCUUACUCUUGGCCUGCUGGACUGUCCAGGAGUGGAUUGCACUACCAUACUGCCCUUUCACACAGACACAGAGAUGUUUCAAGGCAUGAGAGUCAGGUUCCCUAAGUUGUUUCCUCCUCUGAAUCCUGAGAUGGUGGCUCAGAGGACAGUAGAUGCAGUCAGGACUAAUACAGCGUUUGUUGUGCUCCCAUGGACCAUGCACUUUCUUGUUAUCCUAAAAAGCCUUCUGCCACAAGGUGCUCUGCAGGAAAUUCACAAGUUUGCAGGAAGCUAUACCUGCAUGAACACGUUCAAAGGACGAACUUAAAGGACUCAUCGCAGGACGGAAUGCGAAGAAAAACCUUCUAAAACAAACUCACACAACACAAGCACAGUGUCCCUUAAAAACAAAUGUAGGAACAAUUCUUCAUGACUACGGGGAUUAGUGCAUCACGUUGGCUUGUUUAUCCAGCAAUUUUGUGAAACUGUGUAACAUGGUUUCAACGUUUGUAGUUACUUGUGCUGGUUCUAGUCUAAAAGACUCACAGAUUUGCCAGGAAAGAGAAGCAAGAAGUCGGUCGGGAAGGAUGCCGGCGUGCAGGCAGACGGAGGACGAUGUUGUGGAAACAUUCUUUAAGACUUUGGGGAUUUAAAAUCUCAGCAGGAUGCCACGCAUUUAGCAAAAGUUGUUACUAAUUGUACAUUCUUUUUUUCUUCUUUAUGCAAGUUGCUCCUUCGACUUGUUUUAAGUAUAUCCAGCGUAUCUAUCUUCACAUUAAUGUCAACACUGAAUAAAAAGUAUUUGAUA